AUGGCUCAAAGGCUGCUGGACUCUUCCACUGAUGUUCUCAUACCUUUUCUUUAUGAGGAAUUGUUUCUUUUUAGUUGAUGAAAGACGCUUUGAAAAGGUUGAGAAAGCUCCGCGAGGCCGACGUCCCUCUGAUAGUUUCGCAAAGAGGAGCCGAGCUCAUUUUUCUUGUGGUUGGUAUCUCGAUGAUAGCUAUUCUGGUGGUUGUUCGCUUCUUUAUUCGUAAGUUCUUUCUCUGCAUUUCUUUGAUAAACUCAAGAACUGCUUCUAUCAUGAUUUUCUCAUUUAAUCAAACCAAUAAGUAAAAGCUUCGAAGUUUUUAUGAACGCAGAUAGACUGGAUCCUCUGCAUCCUGGAGUGAUUUUGUCUUCGAAGAAAAUGACUGGUUCGCUGGACGAAGUCGUCGAAAAAGAAGAUUCUCUUCUCUCUCUUGACGCACAGCUCGAUUUCUUCGCUGAGGGGAAACGUCGUCGUCGAGGAAGACAGUGA